AUGGCUUUUAAGAUUGUUGUUCUGUUUGCCACCCUGGCUUGUGCCAGCGCCGGUUACGUUGAACCGGAACAUCAACAUCUGUCCUAUGCUGCGGCGCCCGUCGCACACUACUCGUCUGCUCCCGCCGUGAGCUACAGCUCCAUCACCCGUCACGAAACGCCCAAGCUGGCCGUGGCCAAGCAGGUUGCGUACGCCGAACCGGCCGUGCACUAUGCUGCCCCGCUCACCAAGACCUACGCCGUCCAUGAGCCUGCCCUGAAGACGGUCGUGGCCCAGCCCGCUUACACCAAGACCGUGUACGCUCAGGAACCGGCCCAUGUGUACGCUCAUGCCGCCCCGGAGGUUCACUACGCUCAUGCCGCCCCAGUCGUCGCCGCCAAGACCGUGUCCUAUGCUGCCCCGCAGGUCCACUACCAGGCUCCGCUGGUGAAGAACGUCGAGUACACCAAGACCCUGGCGUACGCUCCGGUUGCCAAGCACUACGUCUCCGAGCCAACCUACACCAAGCACGUCGUUGCCGAGCCAACCUAUACGAAGACGCUUGCCCUUGCCCAGCCAGCCUACGCCAAGACCACGUACGUGUCGCAGCCCACCUACACCAAGACCCUGGUCGCUGAGCACCAGCCGCUGUACCAGCACAGCUCCCCGGUCUACGCCCAUGCUGCCCCCGUUGUUGCCGCCAAGACGCUGAGCUACGCUCCCGCUGCCCAGGUGUCGCACGUCAGCUACGCCGACAACAGUGGCCAUUACGCCUGGCUUGUACAGACGAAAUCUGCCGCAUCGUAUGGCGCCCGUCCGACCCUAGUAAAAGGUUCGACCGAUCACGCACUAGUUAGUUACGAUGCAAAGCCAGUAAUUAGUACGGUUUACACUGCACCAGUCACGAAGACGUUGACCUACAGCAGUGUUCCCCAGGUGCAGUAUGUGGCUCCCGUUCAGCACGUGCAGCACAAGUGUGAACAGACGGAACACAAGCAGCUCAUCACUCCGGUGGUCCAAACAUCCGUAACGUACGGUGCACCAAUCGGAUCGAGCAGCUCAGGCUGGAGUCAGUCAGGAUCUUACGGAUCGGGCUAUAAACCACUCCAACAGGUUGCACAAGCUCAAAAAGCUCCCUUUGAAUCAUUUGGAACAAGUUCCACAUCUGGACACACCAUAUCGCAUCACUACAAUGCUCCGCAUUCCACGGGGAUCAUCUACACAUCUCCUAAAACCACGCAAGUAAUUUCAUCAGCUGGUUAUGGGACUAUUAAUCAGCAAUCAGCUUCGUUCGGUGUUUAUAAGCAACAUACACAACCAGCCCCAAUUGUAGAAACUCUCGUUGAUGUAGCUCCUCCAAAGCUGAUCCAAGCACAACCGAUUCUUUCUUACGGAGUCCCUACAAUAAACUCCAAUGUCAAUCAAGUCUCUCAUGUAGCGCCGGUGAAAGUGACAUCCACAUCCAGCUACGCUACAACUGGAGGAGCCUGGAAAGAGUCAAAUGCAGGCUAUGCCACUUCGCACCAACACAAAGCAGCAUCCAUCCCAAUCAAGCCUACUCCUCAAUACCUCGCUCCGGGACUUGUCGCUUCGGGAAGUUCCUCCAAAAACCAUGGCCACAGCUUCACCACCACUCAUAGCUACAGUAGCCAAGGUCAGACAAACAACGCCCAGCAGUAUUUACCCCCCAAGACGAGUCUCAUUACACCAGUUGCUGUAACAUCCGUACAGUCUUCAGCGAGCCCUACACGCGAAUAUCUGCCACCACGAGAAUACCUGCCACCAUCAUCGCAGAACAACAAAGAUACGGCGGCACACAUUGCGACCGGUAGCAUUGGAUCCGUUUCGUACGAGGUUCCUCAGCAGCAGUACAUUGUUAGCUCGAGCAGCUCCGCCAACCAAGUGUCUCAUCAAAACGCACAGUACGGCAAAAUAAUGGUUUCUUUUUUGGUUACUUCUCGGUGGUCACAGUUCGUCGUAUUCCUGGCCUCGCUGGCCGUCGCUAGCGCUGGAUACCUGGAGGCUGGCCAUGCCGUCCAGUACGCCGCCCCGGUGGCUCACUACUCGCCGGCAUCGUCGGUGAGCUACAGCACCAUCUCGCAGGCUGCCCCGGCCAAGCUGGCAUACGCUGCCCCGGUCGCCAAGACCGUCUCGUACGCUGCCCCGCAGGUGUACGCCGCCCCGCAGGUGUAUGCCGCCCCAGUCACCAAGACCUACCUGUCCAGCCCGGCCGUUGGAGCCACGCACGAGAGCACCAUCCGCUCGCACGACAGCACCAUCUCGCACUACUCCAAGGCCGUCGAUACGCCGUACUCCAGCGUCCGCAAGUCUGACACCCGCAUCACCAACGAGCUGCCCAAGCUGGCCUAUGCUCAGCCCGUCCUCGCCAAGCAGGUUGCCUAUGCUGCCCCAGCCGUCCAUGCCACCUAUGCCGCUCCGGCCGUCCACACUAGCUACUCGCACGCUGCCCCAGCCGUGACCUACGCUCAUGCUGCCCCGGCUGUCCAGACCUAUGCUGCCCCAGCUGUCCACACCAGCUACUCGCAUGCUGCCCCAGCUGUCCACACGACCUAUGCUGCUCCGGCCGUCCAGACCUAUGCCCAUGCUGCCCCAGCUGUGACCUACGCUGCCCCGGCCGUCCACCAGACCUAUGCUGCCCCAGCCGUGCACCAGACCUACGCUGCCCCGGCUGUCCACACCACCUAUGCUGCCCCGGCUGUCCAGACCUAUGCCCAUGCUGCUCCGGCUGUGCACACCUCCACCAAGACGCUCACCUACUCGCCGGCCGUCCAGGUUGCGCACACCACCUACGAGGAUGCUCAUGCCCAUUAUGCCUGGUAAGAAGCGUUCUGUCCGAGCGAACAUCCUGAAGC